GAGACGCCGCAAGAGACAAGGAGUGAGAAGAAGAGGAAAGAGGAGUGGAGAGAGAGAGAGGAGUUUGGAAGAAACACACGGACUCAGAUUACACGGACGGGUCUAAACACUCUCCCAAGAUGUCGAAGAAAAAGGAAAGCAGUUCUGUAAAGAUCAGCAAGAGUCAGGCCAACGAACUGGCUAUGCUGAUAGCUCGCAUGCAGAGCAAUGCAGACCAAGUGGAAAGGAACAUCCUGCGAUCAGAGGAGCUGCUGACCCUGGACACAAAGAAUGAUGCAAAAGAUCAGCCGAUGAUCCACCAGAAGGAGAGCGCAGGCAACCUGGCUAGUGCUGAGGGACUGCUGAAGGAUCUCUUCAUGGACGUGGACAAAGCCAAGAAGCUCCAGCACCCGCAGUCUAAGGAGAUAGAAAGAGAUGUGAGAAAUCUCCACGAGCGCUGGGCAAAGGACUGUGCCACCUACAGGGAACUGUAUGACCAGGUGCAGGACUUGGACCUGGCCCAGAAGAUUGACUGGGGUCCUCUGCUGGAUGAAAAACUGAGACAGCUGAAGGCAGAGGCCUACGGCCCCAACCUGUCUGAUGUGGAGAAGCAGAUUGCAGCACAUAACAUUCUGCACCAGGAGAUCGAGGCCUACAACGCCCAGCUGCAGCCCAGCACCAUCACCUCACCGGAGCAGUACGACGCCCUCAAGGAGAAAUAUGCUAAACUUCUCGAGAGCUCCCAGAGCAGGCGCAGCUCCCUGGCCUCUCUGUACGAGUACAUGCAGAGCUGCAGUAAGGAGCUGGUCUACUUGUCAGGCCAGCAGGAGAGGAUCCUCCAGAGAGACUGGAGCGAUCGCAUGGUCGACCCCCCAGGUGUCCGCAUGGAGUACGAGAAAUUCAAAAAUAACGGACUGCUAGCACAUGAGAGUGAGGUCAACCAGCUGCAGGAGAAAGGAGAUCAUCUGGUUGAAAUGAAACACCCUGGCACCCCAACAAUAAAGGCCCACAGAGACACGGUGCAGGCUGAGUGGCAAGCCUUUCUCAACCUGUGCAUCGCACAGGAAAUACACCUGGACAACAUCGAAGACUACAAGAAGUUCCAGCUGGAUGCAGAGACACUGUCUGAAUCCCUGCAGAGACUCAGUUCCAAUCUGGACCCGAAGUCUCUGGCCAACAAGAGCAACCCCGAAAUCCUGCUGGCGCUGGAGGGAGAUGAACCGGCCGUGAAGAGGAAUGAGCAGCGCCUGGCCGCCCUCAGGGAGAUCAGUGGCAACGUUGUGCCCCUGAAGCUGCGACGGAUCCAGCCCACCAAAUCCACCACUGCAGUGUCGCUGUGUGACUGGGCUGAUGAAGGGGACACAGUGAGACGUGGCGAGGAGCUCAUCCUCAAGUCCAACUCCGACAACAAGGACUGGAAGCUUCAGACCAGCAGUGGGAAGCUCAAAACCCUUCCUGGGGCAUGUUUCAUGGUCCCACCGCCUGAUGCUGAGGCCCUGGAGAAAGUAAACAGCCUGGACAAAGCACUGAUGGACCUGAAGAGCCGUAGAUCUGCUCUGAUGGCCUCCUUGAGGAACCCCACUGUGGAGGUGGUACGCCCUCAGAAGGCAGCCGCUGUACAAAGUGCUCCAGAGGAUCCCAAAGCUGCAGAGCUAGCCAGUGAAAUUGACAGGAUCAACAAAGCCCUGGAUAAGAUUGAAAAAGAAAUCCUGAGCCGCCUGAGGGCCCCGCUAGACAACCGCAACCCAGUGGAAGACCUGGCCAACCGGCUGGAAGAGCACAGGAAAUCUGCUCUGACUGUAAGGAAGCUGGAGUCUGAGAAGGCCGGGGUCCAGAGAGAGAUGGAGCCAAUUCUGGCCAAGAAACCCCUGGGACCCAUCGCCUCCACCCUGCCACUGAAACUCAGUGCUGCCAAUAAUAAGAUCGAUGACAUCAGCACCCUUAUUGAUCUUUAUGAUAAAAAAGCUGCAGCCUCCAUGUUCCUAGAAAGAGAAAUACAGAAGGUGGAAGGUAUGGUCUCUGGGUUUGAGGACCAGCUAGCCAAAGAUGGCACCAUCCUUGAUCAACCUAAUGCCCUCCAGAGUCGCAUCCAGCAGCUACAGGCAAUGCGUAAGGAUGUAGCCUCAAAGAAGGACGAGCUGAAUCAGCUGGGCCGAGACUUGGAUCUGACCCAGCAAGCGUGCAGCUCCCUGCAGCAGAGUUUCAAUGAAUACUGUCCUGACAUCCGCCGCCAGGAGAAUGAAGUGAAACAUCUGAAGAAUCGUUACACAAAUGUCAAUAAUCAGCUGCAGGAAAGGACUGCUCUCCUACAGGAAACAAACAAUAAAAACCACGAUCUCCAGAACACUUUUCAAUCACUGGAUUUCUUCUUGGUCAAUUUGCCCAAUAAUACGAUCAAACCUACUGACGAUGUGGCUCAGAUAACAGCCAAGCAGAGCUCCCAGAAGAAAGUGAUGGAGGACAUCAAGUGGAAAUCAGAUGAUUUAGACCGAUUCAAGGAUCUUUCCCAUGAUCUGCAGAGCCUCUUAAAUGAGUAUGAGGUUAAGUCAAACACUUACCGUGGCACUCUAAAGGAUGAGGAUGAGGAUGAGGAUGACAACGAUGACAACGACGAUGAGGAACCCGUUGCAAAGAUACGUCCAACCUUAACUAUGGCUCAGGCUGUGCAGAGAAAGGAGAAAGAUCUGCUGAACCUUUUCUCUGAGGUAUCUGCGGAGAACAACCAGCUACUCAGCCAGUUGGGGAUGGCAAAGAACAUAAUGGCCAGGAAUGAAGAGAAAAUCAGUCAAGUGGUUGUCAAUCAGCAGCUGCAGCUACAGAGCCAGAAGAAGGACCUUGAGCAAAGCUAUAGUCUGAAAAAGGAAUUAAGUGAGGAGGUUGAGAGACGCUUACAUGCUGAAAAUGACCUGGCAACAUUCCGCAAUAGGUUUAUGUCUCUGAAGAGCAGGAGAGGAGUGGAGAGGUUGGAGGAGAAGGAGGUGGUGCAGUACUAUCGUGACCCCAAACUGGAGGUCGAACUACAGUCCCUGAAAAAGCGGAUCCAGGACGAAGAAAUGAAGAGGUCACAAACCCAUUCAGAGAUCGAAAUUAUCAAUGAGAAGGUUCUCAAAAUGGAAACACAGCUGACCAAAAUCGAACAUAAACUGGUGACGAAGGUGCUGACUGAAUAUGAGAGAGACCCACAGCUUGACAAAGAGGCAGCCAGGAUCAGAAGUGAAAUGCAGAGGAUACAACUGGAGCUCCAAACAAGAAAAACAGAGGCAGUUCACGUGAAAACUGAACUCAACCUUCUGGCUCAGCAGCAACCUAAAAUUAGAGAGAAGAUUGUUAAGAAGGAAGUGGUGAAGCUUGAGAAGGAUCCGGAGAUGCUGAAAGCUGUUCUCAUGUUCCAGAAUGAUAUUGCGGACGAGGAGUCCCGGUCCAAGUCCCUAAAUGAUUACAUUUUUGGCACAAGGAGCCAGAUAAACACACUAGAAAGGGUCAUUCCCACCAUCCAACCCAAGAUAGUCACAAAGGUGGUGAAGCAAGUCCAGCAAGACCCAGAAAUGCUUGAAGAGUCAAAGAAACUACAAAUGGCCUUGGAAGAGGAGAAGGAUGAGAACGUUAUCUUGAUGAAGGACUUGACCACCCUUCAGCUGCGUUACGGUGAAGUGGAGAAGCUCAGGCCAAAAGUUGAGGUCAAAGAGAUCAUCAAUGAGAUCUACAGAGUCGAUCCUGAGACAGAAGUCGAGCUGGUACGUCUUAGGAAAGAGCUGCAGGACUCCAGCCGAAAGCGUACAGACCUGGAACAAGAAAUAACCACAGUGAUGACCACUCUGACUACUCUGCGUGCUCAGAAACCCAAAGUGGAGUACAAGGAGGUGACACAGGAAGUGAUCAAAGAGGAGAAGAGCCCAGAGGUCAUGAGGGAAUUGCAAAGGCUUAGCAACCAAGUCUCCCGUCUACAAGUUAACUAUGACACCACCCUGGAGUUGCUAACCCACCUACGUAAAGAGAGAGAUGAGCUGAAAGCUGAAAAAUCCAAAGUGGAGACAAAGCUAGUGAAUAAAGAGGUCAUCAAGUAUGAAAAUGAUCCUCUUCUUGAGAAAGAGGCUGACAGACUUCGAAGGAAUGUAAGAGAAGAGAUUCAGCAGCGUCGCAGUGUGGAGGAGUGUCUCUUUGACCUCCAGAACCAAUCCAUUGUUCUUGAAAGGCAAAAGCCAGAAGAGAAGAUCGUAAUGCAGGAAGUGGUACGUCUUCAGAAGGACCCUAAGCAGAUCCUGGAGCACGAGAAGUUGAACAAGUCCCUGGAUGAUGAAAUGAAAACCCGUAGGAAACUUGAGUUAGAGGUCAGACAGCUCAGAGCCCUGAUUCAAGAAAAAGAGAAUACGCUGGCUCAGAUGGAUGAUCGUCAGAGGAAGAUUCAAGUGGAGUCCGAGCUCAGGCAGAUCAAAUCUCGCGUUCUUGAACUGGAAAACGCUCCACCACCUGUUGAGGAAAAGAUCAUCAUUGAGGAGGUCUUGAAAGUGGAGAGGGAUCCAAAGCUGGAAAAACUAACUGACGGCAUUCGUGUUGACUUGGAGACCGAAGGCACCAAUAUUAGUCGUCUAGAGAGAGAAAUCCGCAACCUGAAGAUCAGAUUGGAAAUUCUUCAAAAGGAGAAGUCCAUUGAGAAGGUUGUUUACAGAGAAGUUGUUCGUGUUGAGAAAGACCCAGCAGUGGAGGCUGAAAGGGAACAUCUAAGAGAGCUAGUAACACAGGAGAGAAAUCUCAGACGGGACCAGGAGGAUGACAUUCAGAACAUCAACAUCAAAAUUUCCCAUCUGCAGACGUCAAAGUCUGUGAACUCUCAGGAGGAGAGCUCUCUCAUCAGUAAUAGAGAUUCUCUGCAGAGGGAAAAAGACGAUGUCCUCAAACAGCUCAGAAUGUUAGAGUCUCAAAGACAGGACAUCAACAUUACCUUCCAGCAGCAGUCCAAGCUGAUGAGCGAGAGAAACCAGAUGGCACGGCAAAGGAGUCUUAAGACAUCCUCGGAAAUCCAACGGCUAGAGAAAGAGAUCCUGAAUGAAAAAGACAAAAUACACCAGAAAGAGACACUCAUCACUGAGCUGCAGAGCAGCAUUCAGAAAGACGACCAGACUGAAACUCACACCAGAGAGACAAAUCUUUCCACGAAAAUCACCAUCCUGGAUCCAGAAACCGGUAAAGACUUGUCUCCUUAUGACGCCUACUUGCAGGGACUAAUUGAUCGCAACCAGUAUAUUAACUUGUCAGAGCUGGAGUGUGACUGGGAGGAGAUCACUUCAACUGGUCCAGAGGGGGAUACAACAAUUCUGCAGGACCGCAAGAGCGGGAAGCAGUACUCUGUCAAGGAUGCUCUGAAGAAUGGCCGCUUGACCCAGUAUGACGUGAUCCGCUACAAGGAAGGGAAAAUGUCCAUUUCUGAGUUUGCCCUCCUUGUUGUAGGGGAAACCAGAAAGCCCUACAUUCCUCCAAUAAAAGCCCCGAAAUCACCCACCAAACCCGCCCCAGCCUCUCCCUUGAAUUCCAUGCCAACCUCUCUGAGGUCCUCCUACACCAGCCUCAACACUAACCUCAGCGGCAGUUUGAACAACCUCACUGCUUCUACAGGCGAUGAGUACUUCCCAAUCUCUGGUAUUUUUGACACCACCACCGAAAGCCGCAUGUCCGUCAGAAGUGCUCUCACCCGCAAACUCAUUGAUAUCGACACAGCUCUAAAGUUGCUCGAGGCACAGGCAGCCUCCGGUGGAAUUAUUGAUCUCACCAAAAAGGACAAACUGUCUGUCCACAAGGCAGCCGAACAUGGUCUCAUUGAAACAGGCCACAUGUAUAAACUUCUGAAUGCCCAGAAAGCGUUCACCGGAGUCGAGGAUCCUGUGACCAAAGAGCGCCUCGCAGUAGGGCAGGCAGCGCAGAAAGGUUAUAUUCCCAAAGAAAAUGCAAGAAGGUACAUGGAGGCGCAGUACCUGACCGGUGGGUUGGUGGAUCCCAGUAAAGCAGGUCGCCUCACUAUCCAAGAAGCUGUUGCCACUAAUCUAAUUGACAGCGGGACAGCUAGCGAGCUGCAAGAUGAGGCUUCCCACACAAAAGAGCUUGUAGACCCCAUCACUAAAGAGAAGAUAUCGUACAAGCAGGCGAUGGAUCGGUGUAAGAGAGAUGUCAGCACUGGGCUCCUGCUGCUUCCUGCAACCUCCACUGAUGCCGCAAAUGCGCCAUCAUACUCAAACUAUCGGUUCAGCUCUUCUUACAACAAAGUUUAGAUGUGCGGUUUAAGUUGUACCUGGCCCUAGAGGUACAACUUGUUAAAAAAAAGAAAGAAAGAAAGAAAAAACAAAAAAAUUAUAUGUUAAUACACUUUUACAUUUUGAAAACACUGGAAAACAAAACAUGAUUUUUGGUGGAACUCUACAUGUGGAUCUGCUGGGUAAUGAGGGUAAUGUUUGGGUAAUGAGGGUAAUGUUUGUUUUAUAUGGUAUAUUAUUUUUUCAGCAUUCUCAAACUAAAUCCUUCAUAAGUGCUUAUUAAACUCCACAAGCUUUGCAUUCA